AUGGGGAUACCACACUUAAUGAAAUAUGCUGAGUCGCUGACUAAAGGCUUUCCUCUCUUUUCAAUAGCAGACAAGUAUUACACUCGCUCACAUAAAAAGACGGAGAUUAUAGUAGAUGGAAGUGGGUUUAUGUUUCAGAUAAUUUCGGAAUGCAAAAACGAUUUGAAUGAGUUAGACAAGUACAUCAAAGGGAUGGCAGACGUCUUAAAAUUGCAUCACAUUUCUUUGAUUUUUGUUUUUGAUGGAAUGACACAGGUGAUUAAAAAAGCCGAAUCGAUCGAACGUUUAAAGAGUCAGGCCCGUGAGACACGCUCGUUCUUCGACAAGCCCAACAGCCUCUCGGACCUUCGCGUUACUAUCUUUUCGGGGUUCAAACGUGUCUUGAAACACUUGUUACUCAAACAUGGCUUUGAAUGUAUUCGAAGUGUUUCCGAGGCAGAUCCCGUCAUAGUCCGCCUCUCCAUCGAACGUGAAGCGUACGCUGUUGUGACCUCCGACUCGGACUUUCUUGUCUCGAACAUCCGCAAUUUAUUCACGCACAUCAGUUUUGUCAAGACCAUGACGCGAGUCAUAUCGAGGAAGAACUUGGACCAUUCGCGCGUCUUCUUCCGGGGCAUUUCGAUCUUCGACGUCGCCAAUUUUCUCAAUAUCUGUCCCGAACAUAUUCCGAUGUUCUGCUGUGUCUGCGGCAACGAUUUUACAACAGCCUUUGCGCGAACUUUAAGAACGAAAUUGGGUCUUCCCGACGAGAAGAAUGUGAUUGAGUCGGUGGUUAAGAAGUUUAGGAGGUUUGAUGAAGACAAAGACGUGUUAGGGAUGAUCUCUGAACGCCUCAAUGAAAACACAUUGGAAGGGUUAAGACGGGCGUUGGUUCAAACGGAAAGAAUGUUGGAAUGUAAUGACAAAUAUGAACAAGAGGAACGAGAGAGAAUACCUCUGAAGAAAGAAAAGUUUCCAAAUUGUGCGUAUUCGAUGUCUAUCAUAUUGGGAGCGUUCUCAGUCUCCGUACGACCAAGUUCAAAGUGCGACCCAAAGGAAGACUCUGCUGCGUGUGUGUGUCGGAACAUUAGAAAGGCGAUAUAUGAAACAUUUUUACCUGUAGGAACUGUCGUUGAAGAAUACUACGACACAAAGAAAAACGACUUGAAUGCGCCAUUUAAAGUGAAGACUGCGAAGAAGAUGGAAAACAUCACAUUGAAUGAAUACUUGAAGGAGUUUGGAUUCAAAGAGGAAGAAGUUGGGUUUGUCAACAAGUCGUUUGAGAAGGGAGUUGAUCUGUGGAAAAUCAUUUUCUUUAUUGCAGUGAAGUACAUUGAGAUCAAUGGAAAACCUAAAGACUUUGCAUUUUUAGUGGCUGAGUGGUAUCAACUCUGUUUGACUUAUAAUAAAAUGAAACAAGUGUUGUACGUGAAAGGAACAGAUGACCAUAGAACACCUUUAAGUCUCUUCAGUUUCUUCCACGAAGUUGUGUAUGAACUGAUGGAAGUCGUUAUCGACAACUGCGAACUCAAAGAAGACUUUAUCGAACAAUUUUUCUUCCCAAAUGUGCAUCAAUUCACUACAGACUAUAUCCAAAAGAUUGGGAAAGUGCCUGAAAUGGUACAAAUGAAUGUGGAGAAAGACCCACUGUUUGGCGAGAUGUUAGGACAUGUUGACAUUUUUUAA